CAGCGGGCUGCGCAGGCGUCGAGAGGACUGGAGAGGACUGGAGAGGACAAAUCUCGGUACGCCUGCGUGCUCUUCGGACUUGGAGGGGCGUAGAAAGGAGGCCAUAUUGUACAGUUAAAUUGAAAGGAAGAAAAUAAUUUGUCCCAUCCACCUACGCGGGCCGUCGCUCUAUUCCGGCAGUUUUCCGAGGCAUCGCCAAGUGCAUCGGAACCCCGAGGAUCGUACGCUGCUGAGGAUCGAUCGGGCGUCGACUGUGGUCUCCUACGGCUUGUAAAUAAAUACAAGCCCGUGCACUCCCUCCGGGUCAGGGCCACCCUCUAUCCCAUCGACAGAGGAGUUCUUGCUGCCGUCGAAGAUGGGCACUCGGGACGACGAGUACGACUAUUUGUUUAAAGUGGUUCUCAUUGGAGACUCUGGAGUAGGAAAGAGUAACCUGUUGUCCCGAUUCACACGGAAUGAAUUCAACUUAGAGUCAAAAUCCACCAUAGGUGUAGAGUUUGCAACACGCAGUAUACAAGUAGAUGGAAAGACCAUCAAGGCCCAAAUAUGGGAUACUGCUGGACAAGAGCGCUAUCGUGCAAUCACUUCAGCAUAUUAUCGAGGUGCCGUUGGCGCUUUAUUGGUAUAUGAUAUAGCAAAGCACUUGACAUAUGAGAACGUAGAAAGAUGGCUGCGGGAAUUACGAGACCACGCCGAUCAGAACAUAGUAAUCAUGCUUGUGGGUAAUAAGUCGGACUUGAGGCAUCUGCGAGCUGUACCAACGGACGAGGCCAAAGUCUUUGCCGAAAAGAACGGUCUUUCGUUUAUUGAAACGUCUGCUCUGGAUUCGACCAAUGUGGAGACAGCUUUUCAGAAUAUAUUAACGGAAAUCUACAGAAUCGUUUCACAGAAACAAAUACGAGAUCCACCCGAAGGAGACACAAUUCGACCUCAGAACGUAGAACCUAUCGACGUCAAACCGACAAUGAGCUCCGAAGGAAUUCGUAAGCAAUGCUGCCAGUGACUCGUCUCGCUGCUUCAAAUAAGCGGUAAUACAGAGGGAAGGAGGAAAGAAGCGAUGACUGGCGGUACAUAUAGCAGGUGCACAUUAGCACGAGAGACAAGACUAUGUGUAUGGGCCAGUAAACUCGUAUGCUAGAAGAGUCGUUAGCCUGACCAAAGGCUCAGGGGGAACGUCGCAGACUAUCCAUUUAACACGUACCACAUGCAAAAGUGCGCACUUAACGCAUUCGUGCAACAAAAAUCCGAAACGAGAGGGGAAACAGAUCUAGUGAGUCAAAAAUUGUGAAAGAACAAGGGAAAGAGGCGUAGAUCGCGCUUCAAAAUGUGCAUAUUGCGGUAUACGGUAAGAAAAACGAUACACGCUGUGGUCCACGCACCAUUCUGCCCUCUAUUUAAAUUUGUCUUAUUUACCAUAUAUAUAAAGUCGAUAUAUAUAUAUAAUUAUGUUACGAUAAAUGAAUGUUGUAUUAUCGCUUCCUUGUAAUAUACACACACACACAAUUCUUCUCUACGCAUAGUGUGGCCGUGAGUAUAUAAGCAAAUUUAUCAAACGAUAACACGUCUCUCUUACACGGUACGAGAAAAGACUACGCGAGCUUACAUUGUAAUGUACGUUGAGGGGAAAUGUGACAGGGCAGCGUUGGGAAAUGGUGGAGAGAAAAACUUGAAGAGAGCCUGCAUAAGAUGAAAGACGAAAAACGCCAUUGCUCACCAUGAACUAUCUCGCGACAUUCACACACGUAGUUUUGACAACCACUCCGUAACUACGCGCUAGGCACUAAGUCCACACACGCUUUUUCAAUUGCAUUAAUUUUUACUGAAAGAAAAAGAGUGAGAGAGAAAGCGAGAGCGAAAGCGAAAGAUUCAGAAAAAGGGAUAGAGCAUGUGAGCUAGCUCUCUCUGUGUGUGUAUGUAUGUGUGUGGUCGCGUGCGCCUACUGGUAUACGAGAGAAGGAGUGAGAGUGAGAAAGAAAGGCUCGUUAAGCGCAGCAGUGUAAGGAUCACAACCAUAGUAACAUUUAUAAGGUGUAAUAAGAGCCGCCCGGGAAAGUGUUAUUUUGAGUACCUUUUCAAGUUGUGAAUUACGUUAUCGAAGGCGGGUGUUGACACCGUUGAAUGUUUCACGAGCUCGUUGAAAGCCACGACCCUCUGUCGUAUCGUUAAUUAAGCUAAGAGCGAAGCAAAGCAUUGUAAAUUCAGAUCUGUCUACGCUUUUUGCGCACUACACACGAGAGAUUAAUGAAAAUACAAGUAUCUAUCUUAUGGAUAUGCUUUAGAAGAAUCACUGGGAUGAAACAUUAAACACGUCGUUAGAAAAAUA